UCUUGACCCUUACAAGCCACAUGUUUUUUGCCAAUGCCGCGCGGCCGCCUGCUCACCAAAGCACUCAGGCCCCAGCUUUCGGCCCAGCGAUGCCCAGCCUGGGGCCCCUUGGGCGCGGCGCUUCUGCAGCACUGGCGCAGAGAAGCCCAGGCGUCGAAACCAGAGCUGGAGCCGCUCCUUUACUGGUCGAACCUGCGGCCCGGCGAGCCUGAACCCUUGCCAGCCGCCAUCUUCUUCCGGCGCCCCUCGGAGAUGCCGGCGCUGGAGCGGCACGCACUGGAGCUUUGCUUGCGCCAGAAGGGCACUGUCCUCGACCUCGGCGCCGGGGCUGGGAGCCAUGUGCUGGCGCUUACAUCCAGAGGCAUGGAGGCUGAGGGCAUGGACGUGUGCCCAGAGGCAGUGGAGGUGAUGCGUUUGCGAGGUGUCACGGCACAUCAAGGAAGCUUCUGGAAGAUCCAGGGCCGCUACGACUCGCUGCUUCUGCUCAUGAACACGGCGGGUGCCAGCGGCAGCAUGCUUCGCUUGGAGCAGCUGCUGCGGCAGCUGCGAAGCCACCUGACGCCCCAGGGCCAAGUCUUGCUGGACCUGUCUCCGCCGGAUUGGGCGGCCAUACACCGGGCACGGCGCCUGGGGAGGCUGCCGGCGGAGAGUUGCCUCGAUGGGCACUGGGCGGAGCUGACGUGCUGGCUCAGCGUCUGGGCAGCGAAGGGGUGUUCAACGAGUUCUCUGGUGGGGGUGAUGUUUGGGCCAGCUCCAGGGCCACAGCUUCCCCAUGCUCUUCGCGGAAGUUCCGGCGGUGGUCCGUGCCGCGGAGGCAGCAGGCUACAAAGCUGAGAUCGCGUUUCAGGCUAAGAACCGGCACGCCUUGCUUCAGCUCAGGGUGGCCGGGGAUUCCGCAAAGGAGGCCAAAGGAGCCUCCCGAAAAGAAGGUCGCGCGCUUUCCACG